GGAUGAUCUACCGUACGGUUUGCGGUCUGGAGUAUAUAUAAGCCUCAGGACCUGGUGGCGUAACCUAUGGUCCCAAUCAAUCCCCUUAACCAACACCACAUACCCUUACCAUAUUCGAAGCAAAGUGUAAAGAAAACAAAAAAGAAAAGAAGAGAAUGUUCCGCUCAUUCCUCUCAAUCACCGGUCUCGCAACCCCAGACUACAUCUUCCCUUCCGUCGAUCCCAAAAUAGACGGCGAGGACUGCCGCCAAGACUGCGCUGAUUGUACCGUGCGAUGGCCGGCCAAGGUGAAAGUCGAUACUACGCUCCCGAUGUACGGGCACAUCAAACAAUUUCAUGCCCAUGUGCUUGUUGCGACCGGCAAGACAGAUUGGGUGCAAAAGGUGGAGCAUGAGAAGGGGAGUUUGAUGGAGGCGUUUAAGUCCGACGGGGGGAAGUCAAAGAAUGGGAGGGUCAUGAUCUCUGCAUCCAACUUAUCGCCCCCGGAUGAAGAGGUGCCUACUUCGGGGAAGACGAGCGUGCUGCUUCUCCCCUCGUUCACAUUCGUGGAUGGCGUGGGCACAGCGGAUGUUAAGCAUGUCAUCGAUUCGUUUAUUGACAACCCAUCGCAAGCGGGUAAAUCGCACUUGACUUCGAGACCAUGUCCGCAUGACUAUGUUGUUCUUCUAUGCUCGCAUCAGCGGCGUGAUGCGCGUUGUGGGAUUACGGCGCCGCUGAUCAAGAAGGAAUUGGAGAGACAGUUGCGUGGUCAUGGUCUAUACCGGGACCUGGAUGAUGAGCGGCCGGGUGGCGUGGGGAUUUACUUUGUUUCUCAUGUCGGAGGGCAUAAGUUUGCUGCGAAUGUGUUGAUCUAUCGGAAGAAGGAGCAGCAGAUGAUCUGGCUGGGGAGAGUGAAACCGGAGCAUUGUGAAGGGGUUGUCAAGUACACGAUUCUUCAGGGCAAGGUUGUUCAUCCGGAUUCGCAGUUGAGGGGGGGAUUUGAUCGGAUGAAGGGGAUGACUAGUUGGUAAGAUGUGUGUUCAUGUGUAAUUGGAAAGUCGGAUACCACUUUCGUGUAUGUCUGUUGUUGCAUUUUCGUUUUGUUGACUCUUUUGCUAUGUCGAAAUAGAUUUAAUGUAUCCAAGCGAAAAAUAGCUCCAACACAGCAUUAACAGCCUUGUUAUAUACACAGCAUAUUUCUGUUUUUCACCAUUGGAAACCAAAGUGGCCUAAGAAAAC